GUGAUCGCGCAACUCUCUUGCAGUUCAUUUGAAAUUACUUCGCUGUGAAUAAUUUGUAUUUUAUUUUUUUCUUUUUUGUUCAUAUUACUUCGGUUGAGAAUCACAAAGAGAAUGAAGUUGGUUUCGGGCUUAGGUUUCUCACAAGUGAUAAGGAAGAUUAAAUUAAUCAGAAAAUAAAAAAUAUCACUAACGAUCCAUCCAAACUUUAAAGUGAUGUUUGAAAGACAUGUUAAAUGAUAACAAUAAUCAGACAUCAAUGAAUGAGCUAAAAAUACUCUUGUGAGAAUCAUAUAAAAAGUAAUGUACAAAGAUGUCUUAAAAAGAAAAAGUUACUGUGAUUAUUAAAAAAAGAAUCCUUCAAAUCAACAAUGUGCCUAGCAAAGCCUUUACAAAGACAAUAAUCUAACAAAAAAUGAAUUAAGUAUUGCCCCACGUGACCUCAGUUCAUCCUGCAUCAGUGUACUUCGUUAUUGUGUCGUAAUUAAAAAGUAUCAUGGCAUAUUUAUCAGACAUUGAUCUCGCAACAUUGCACAAAAAACGCUUAGAUGAGAAAAACCAUUACAAGUUGUCUUGGUACAACAGAAGAUUUUAUCAUGAUGAGAUAAGCCGUGAACUUAGUGCUGGAGAUAAACAAGAAACAAAUAAAGUGAAAUCGAAAGUUUGUGUUAACACCAAGUCUACAAAAUCAAAGACAAACGUGCUGCAAACAAAUGCGAAACCAAAAACCACUCCAAAACAGACACGCAUUAGCAGUCAUUCUAACGAUAUUUCAAGUGGUCCUUCGACAUUCAACGACAUUCCAUGUACUUUCAACGCAUCCAUUAAAUGUAAUUCAAGUCCAGAAUUUUACGACGAAGGAUAUUUUUCAUCACCUACAUUAAAUCGCCGGCGAAGCGGCACUUGGCCGCGAACACGGAGCUUAAAUGCACCUUCACCAUUCCAACAAUUUGGACCGUGCGGUCGUAUCAUGAAAAAUUCCGCAAUGGUAAUGCAAAUACAAGACCCAGCCAGUCAGCGACUUACUUGGUAUAAGCCACCAUUGGCUGUAUUGGUGAUCAAAAAGGUUCGUGAUUCAACAGUGUUAUCGCCUUUUAUUCAACUCGUUGAAUGGCUGAUUGAAGAAAAGCAUAUGGUUGUGUGGGUGGAAUCAGCUGUUUUAGAUGAUCCACUGUUAAUGGAAGACAAAAAAUUUCUCGCUGUUAAGGACAAGCUUGUAACAUUCAAAGACGGUCGCGAUGACCUAACUGAUCGAAUAGAUUUCAUCAUUUGUCUUGGUGGUGAUGGUACAUUGCUUUACGCAUCUUUAUUGUUCCAACAAUCUGUUCCACCAGUCAUGGCGUUUCAUUUAGGCUCAUUGGGCUUUUUAACACCAUUCCAGUUUAACAACUUUCAAGACCAAGUUACUAAUGUGCUCGAGGGUCACGCUGCGUUGACACUUCGUAGUCGUUUGCGUUGCAUCAUUGUGAGAAGAAAUUCAAAAGACGAACGUAGGGAUGAAGGUCAAAAUGGAAAAGUAGCAGAAAGUUCAACUUUCGGGACAUUGCCAUCGACGAAUAUUCUUGUGUUGAAUGAGGUUGUUAUCGAUCGAGGCCCAUCACCUUAUCUCAGUAACAUAGAUCUUUUCUUGGAUGGUAAACAUAUCACAUCAGUUCAAGGCGAUGGUUUAAUUGUAUCUACCCCAACGGGCUCCACAGCAUAUGCUGUCGCUGCUGGUGCCUCAAUGAUUCAUCCUUCAGUUCCAGCAAUAAUGGUGACACCAAUUUGUCCUCAUUCGUUAAGUUUCCGACCAAUUGUUGUACCUGCUGGUGUUGAAUUGAAGAUUUCUAUUUCACCUGACAGUCGUAACACUUCAUGGGUGUCGUUUGAUGGACGUAAUCGCCAAGAACUUUUACAUGGUGACAGCCUUCGCGUGACAACGUCAAUCUAUCCAGUGCCAAGUAUUUGCGCACAAGAUCAAAUUUCAGAUUGGUUCGACUCGCUUGCUGAAUGCUUGCACUGGAAUGUAAGAAAGCGACAAAAGUGUUUAGAUGAAUUGAGUGAUCUUACUGGAAGUGGCAGUGAAGAUACUUUUGAUGAACUUGAACGGGGUAUGGAAAAUCUUGAAUGCUGAUCAUCAUAAGCUGUUGGAUCAAUCGUUUUUUAGGAUUAGAUAACUCAGUUCUUCAAACUUUAUGAUAAGAUGUGUCAUGAGGUUUUGUAACAUUUCAACAUUUCCUUAAAAACGUAAUCAAAUGAAUUUUCUUACUAAAUAAUCAGAGAUUUUUCUCAGCCUUUUUGACUUCUUUUUUUUUCAUUAAUAAUUAAAUUUUACAAAAUAAAGUCGAAGGCGUAAUCGGCGAUUUAUUUGUCCAAACUUCUUGGUAUUAAUUCUCUUUUAUAUAUUCGCAUGAACAACUAGUAAUAUUGAAAGAAGAAUCAUUUUUGUGCAAUAAAAAAAAAAACGAUUUAUCGUCAAACGAUUUUUACACAAAGUUUAAAAAUGUUUAUGAGGUUUUAAUUGCGUGUUUGCUAAAAUUAAACACGCAUUUGCAUUUUUUUACAGUAGCGGUCGUGUGUGAUGGAUUAAAAAAAUCCCUUUGCCUUUACAUUCU